GCUGUAGCUUGGUGUCCGUGGCAGAACAAUCUCCUUGCAACGGGUGGAGGGACUGCCGACCGCACCAUCAGAUUGUGGAACUGCACAACUGGAAUUUGUCUUAAAGAUACCACAACUAAUUCUCAGGUGUCAUCCAUUGUUUGGUCUGCACACUACAAAGAGUUCAUAUCAGGCCAUGGAUUCUCUAACAAUCAGCUGACCAUCUGGAAGUACCCAUCUAUGGCAAAGGUGGCUGACCUCACAGGUCACACAGGCAGAGUACUGGAGCUGUGUGUGUCUCCUGACGGCCAGAUGGUAGUGAGUGCAGCUGCCGACGAGACCAUCCGGAUGUGGAAAUGCUGGGCCAUGGACAAAAAGGACAAGAAACAGGCCGAUGCAAACAAAGGCCAUCCGAUAUCCAUGCUUGCUCAGACCAUUCGAUAAAUUGUAUGGUCAAGUCAGCCUUCCACCUCUUUCCUCUGUGUUUAUCUUUAUUAUUACUAUUAAUAUUAUUAUUAUUAUUAUUAUUAUUAUUAUUAUUAUUAUUAUUGAUAGGUCUAUCAUAGGGA